AUGAGGGUUCUCAUAGAACUGGGCGCAAGUGAUUCACUGAAGCUGGUUCUCACCACCGUUGACGGAAAGACCGCAAAACGCCCACACCAAGCUUUCCUCACAUUGACCGACCCGACCACUGGCCUGGAAGAGUCGUUCGUGUUCAACGUGAAGGAUAACGGAAAGGGCAAAGUGAACCUGUCUCACAAGGACCUCCCCCACCAAUUCCUCACCACCGACAAGCCCAUCACAGCCUCGAUUGUAAUCGGCUCGUUUGGUUCUUCUGCGCCGUACAAGAGCAAGGUCUUCGACCUUCAAGUUUCCCGCGACACCAACACCCCUCUCACCGUCCCCGAGGCGCCCCUUCGUUACGCCGCCGAGCCUGAGAUUCACCACAUCUUCCGCGCAGACCCGCAAUCGCCGCCUAAGAUCAUUACAAUCGUCUUUGCCGCAGCCGUUGUUGCUGCGCUCCCAGUACUGUUCGGUGUCUGGGCCACCCUAGGCGCAAAUGCCAGUCACUUGAGCAAGGCGUUGGGCGAUGCGCCCGUAUCGCAUGCGCUGUUCUACGGCUCCAUACUGGCGAUGGAGGGCAUCUUCUUCAUGUACUACACCAGCUGGAACCUCUUCCAGACUUUGCCCGCGGCAGGUGUCGUCGGCUUCGUCGCGUUCUUGAGCGGCAGCAGGGCCCUGACUGAGGUACAAGAGCGCCGUCUAGCUGGAUUGAGAUGAUGCAGUGAGGCAGUCACUGUCCAAGACGUUUAUAUUUUGAAGGAUAUGUCUGCGUUGGAGGAACGAGAAGGAAUGGAUGCUAUGAAGAUACAGCGGAGAGUGGGGACAAUACUGCAAUUCCUGGUGCUGUAUGCGCGAGGCGCAAAGAAUGUGUCGAGCUGUGGUAGCUAGGCGUGGGUAUGGAAAGGAAGGCAGAAGCGUCUCGAGGUACGCGGUGGCUAUGAAGAACUUCUAGAGCGAUAGAGCUUAUUUGUAUCCUACCACCUCUUCCAAAUAUGCGCAUUCGCCUCCCCA